GGCGAAGCGCGCACAUUCCUUUUGUCCAAGAUGGCGGCCUAGGUGCAGGCUCACUGAUGCUAGCUAGAAUGUUUUAAAAUAUAUAUUUUAAAAUAAGCUCGAAAAAGCUUCUGAUGUCGAAAACACGCGCUGCGGUUUGAUCGUUUCUGCAGUUCAGUGCCGUUUACGGAUAUUAGUGGAAUUGCAUUCGGAGCGGGUUGUUUUUUUGCAGCCGCAAGAAAAAAGUUUGAGCAUCAUUUGAAGAAAAAAAAAUGAAGAGGCAGGCCGAGCGGGACUCGAGUCCUGCUAGAGCUGUAGCUAAAAGGAUGAGAGACAGGGAUCGGGACCGAGAUGGGAGUCGCCGAGAGGACGGCCCUCCUCCGCCGCUGGCCGUGCUGCUUGCUGAGAGCCGAAACUACCACAAGCACCAGGCUCGGAGUCGAAGCAGGGAGCGGGAGAAGCCCCGACUCAGGGAGGAACGCGGCAGCGGGGACCCUCACCACCGACAGCACCUCCACGACCUCGGAUUGAUCGGCCGGCCGCCCCUGCGAACCACAGCCGUACUACCCAAAAGUAAAGCGGCCGCGGAGCUGCUCAGCGCCCGGGGCGUCGGGGGCUUGGAGUACAAGACGCUACUUAUCAGCAACCUGGGCUCACAGCUGUCCGACGAGCAUGUGGAGGACGGGCUCUUCCACGAGUUCAAGAAGUUCGGCGACGUUAGCGUAAAGCUCUCCCACACUCCGGAACUCGGCCGGGUUGCCUACGUAAAUUUCAGACAUCCCGACAACGCGAAGGAGGCGAGGCACUCCAAAGCCAGGUUAGUCCUGUACGACCGGCCACUUAAAGUGGAGCCCCUGUACCUGAGACGCCGGAGCUGCACGCCGCCUGACGUCGGGUAUAUGCCUUUACACGGUGCUUACCAGUACAGACAGCGCUCCCUUUCGCCUGGGCCGGGAGUGAGUAACAUUAGAGAGGGCAGGCUUCGGCAUUACGCCGUCGAGGGACUUGGACUGAGCCGGGAGCGGGAGAGGUCUUUAGAUUACUACACUAUGCUGGACGAGAGGGGGCGGUCCUAUCCGUACCAACUACCAGAAGAGGACUUGAAACCUGAGGAUGACCAGAGAGCGACCAGGAACCUGUUCAUAGGCAAUCUGGACCACAACGUGUCAGAGGGAGAGCUGAGGAGGGGCUUUGACAAGUAUGGCAUUAUUGAGGAGGUGGUGAUCAAGCGGCCAGCUCGCGGGCAAGGUGGGGCAUAUGCCUUUCUGAAGUUCCAGAACCUGGACAUGGCUCACCGGGCCAAGGUGGCCAUGCAGGGCCGGGUCAUCGGCGGCAAUCCGGUGAAAAUAGGCUACGGGAAGGCCAAUCCCACCACACGGCUUUGGGUGGGGGGGCUUGGCCCCAGCACGUCUCUGGCGGCCCUGGCCCGUGAAUUCGACCGCUUCGGCAGCAUCAGGACCAUUGACUACGUCAAGGGCGACAGCUUCGCCUACAUCCAGUACGAGAGCUUGGACGCUGCGCAGGCUGCCUGUGCCCAGAUGAGGGGUUUCCCCUUGGGAGGUCCCGAGCGGCGGCUGCGCGUGGACUUCGCCAAGGCAGAGGAAGUGCGCGGCUAUCCUCCACAAUACCAGUCGCCCGUGGUGCUGCCUGGGCACUACGAGACGGUCUCUGAUGGAUAUGGCCGCCACCACAGCCUGGAGCGAGAACUCAGGGCCCGCGACCGCACGCCGACCCACGGGGUCUUUAGUGACCGCGAGAGGGGCCUGUCGGACAGGGACUGGACCAGCCCGCCCAAGGGGCUGGAGCGGAGGAACAGCUCGGAAGCCUUUGGCCGGGGCCGGGCCCGCAGCCGCAGCCGGGAGCGGUGGCCCCGUGAGCGGGAGGGCAAGGCUUGGGAGGAGCGGCGCAAGCGCAGAAGUGCCUCCAGUGACCGGCAGACAGAGGAGCGGGUGAGGCCCAAAGCCCGGGGCUCAGCCGCCGCCUCCCCCGAUCACAGCCCCGACCGCUCCAGGGGGAGGUCCUCAGAACCUGGUGCGGAGCCCAAGGAACUGACUCCGGACAGCAGCCGUCACUCCAGCGAGGACCGGCUGGUGCGGGGAGGGGUGGAGGGAGACCGCAACCACCGGGUGGGGGAGAGUGAAGGGGAAUCUCAGGGCAGCACCGAGCUUAAAGCAGAUGGCAAGAAGCCGAGCACGCUGUCAGAGUAUGCGCAGACGCUGACGCAGGUGUGGCAGGGCGCUCUGGUGCUCAAGAACAGUUGCUUCCUCACCAACAUGCACAUGCUGGAAGGGGGGGCUGCCUUCCUCAGCUCCCUUAUGAGAGACAACAACGCCCAGGGUGGCAAGAUCCUCCAGCUGAAGAUCGCCCAGCGCCUGCGCCUAGACCAGCCCAAGCUGGAUGAGGUGACUCGGCGCAUUAAACUGGGCAGUCCAGAUGCAUACGCGGUGCUGCUGGCCGUGCAGGGCCCCGUCGAAAAGGACGCGCCCCCGCCGGAACCCGGCCUGCAAAGACGCCUGCUGCGCAACCUGGUUACAUACCUCAGGAACAAGCAAGCCGCCGGCGUCAUCGGGCUCCCCCUAGGGGGCGCCAAGGACCGUGAGAUGAGUGGGAUGCUGUAUGCCUUCCCUCCUUGCGAAUUCUCCCAGCAGUACCUCCAGGAGGCCCUGAGGACUUUGGGCAAGGUCGAGGAGGAGCAUCUUGUGAUUGUUAUCGUCAGGGACUCUGUUUGAGAACCCAGCCUCUAUCGGAUGUAGUUUUUUUUUUUUUUUUUUUGUGCAGACAUUUCCACUAAAUAAGCUCAUGGGUUUUUAGACUGAAUGAAACUAUCAAGCCUGUAUCACUUCCAUAAGGACUCCUGUGAUGUAUUGAUGCUAUGAGGUGUGGGCUUGUUCCUUCAAGGGAGAUCGUGACACUGACCAGGCAGUUGUCUCCACUCAAGUCUUGAUUACUAAUAUCAAGUUUCACUUUAUUCGUUUUUUUUUCUUUUUUCAUUAUAUUAACACUAAUACAUUUCAGUUGACUUUCAUUGUUCCAAAAAUGGAAUUUUUAUGCAGACUGAGUAGGGUUUUAUUUCUGAUUGUAGAAAAGGUGUUCCGUACCUGUACUGAGGUCAAUCUUAUAUUUUAUUAACAUCAUUCCAGAAAUUAAUGUACAAUCUUUAAAAAACUUGUUUCAAGUAUUGCAUGCAGGAGGUUUUUGAAUAUUUUGGCAGACGAUCCAGUUUAAUGGAUUCAUAUUGGACAAAAGUGUAAGCGAUUACAGGGCUGUGGUUUUUAAAAAGCUGUUUUGUACUGUAUCUCUACGUCUGUCUGUGCGUCAAUGUUUUUAACUGUUGUCCUGUAUUUUUUUAAUUCUGUGUUUUUGUUCCUCUUCCACAAGAUUAUAGCAACCAGAAUGUAACACUUAAGACUGCAGAUCCCACUCAUCUGGAAAGCAAACUGUUAAUUUUAUUUUUGUUGUUUUUUUUAUUAUUUAAACCGGAGAGGCAAUUCAGUGUGAGGAUAAGUCAGCAUUAAACUACCUCUACAGUGCUUAUGAAAUGUUAGUCCUCAGUUAUUAUAAACACUAUAGAUAGGUUCUGUUCCUGUCCCUCCCAGAAACUUUCUAGUGCCGUGCCAGUAAGCCUAAAUAGUCAGAGUGAUUUAUUAUUCAAACACUAUUGAAUAAAGAAGAAAGAACACAGCAUUUCUCCCACUUAGGAAUUAAAAUGUUUACCGAACCCUAAACAGACAUGUGAUCAUCUUGGCCAGCAGAGGUCACUGUUUAGUAUGCCUUUUGAUUUUUUCUUUCUUUUUUUUAAAUAAGGUUUUCCGUUCUCCACAAUCUGAUGUUUCCUCCGGCUGUUUUCCAUGCUGUCCCAUUGCCAGUUAAAUAGCCAACAUACUGAGGAAGAUCGGAAGCGGUCAGAGAAGCUGAGGGUCCGUGCUGGCCUUUCAGGACUGAAGACGUGAAGUUUCUCCUGGUGCGAUCUCUGCUGUAGUUGCUGCCAGCUGGCAGGUGGCGCUCUCUUCAUUUACCAAGGGUUUCCGUACAAUCCACCGUCCCCAUAUGCGUAUUGCACAACACAGAGACUGCAUCCUUGUUAACAACUGAGUAAUGUUACGUUUGACAUUUAGAAGAAAUAAAAGGUCUUACACACUCUGUUUUUAUAUUUCAAUUAGGUUUUUCUUUUGUAUUUUAACUGUAUGCUGUAUGAAACUCAGUAAACAUUUUAAUGUUCCCAUUUUUAA